AUGAGUUCUCCAAGAUUACCAAACAUCAAGGACCUAAGAAGUCUAUCUGAUGCGCGCAAAUCGGCGGCAUUGGACCUCUUGUUCGAGCCGAGCCCCGAAAUCCACAAGGCGUCGAUCCCGGUGAUAGACUCCCAGCAUCACACGUCUUACGAUGAACUAAUCGAAUCCUGUCGGGAAACUUUUCUUUCCAUGGCUUCCAAGUCAACAGCGGCCAAACCCGACCAAGAUUUGCUUUCCAUAUUGGGCUCACAUCCUCGUCUCGGGGCGAAAAAGGUAGAGUCUGCACAGUCAGUGGCCGAGCAAGCCAGACUAGGCGGCGAGAGCGAAGUCCUGGCAAGACUCAACCGCGAAUAUGAAGAAAAGUUUCCUGGUUUGCGCUAUGUCGUCUUUGUGAAUGGAAGAGGCAGGGCGGAAAUCAUGGAGGAUAUGAAGGCGCGCAUGGACAGAGGUGACUUUAACAAAGAGGUCGACGCAGCACUUCAUGCAAUGUGUGAUAUCGCUAAAGACAGAGCCUCGAAGCUUCCUGUCCAAGGCCCGUCACAGAUGAGGUUGUAG